CCUCCCUUCUUCCAAACGCUCUCCUACCCCCACCCUUCUGCCUGCCCUCGGCGCCGCGCGGCCGCGCCCCAUGAGCCUCGCGGAGGCGCCGUCGCCGUCCCCGUCGUCGUCGAGCGGGAGCGACGACUUCGCGGCGCUCCUCGACUCCGAGCUCGAGCUCGCCUCCGGCGCCGACUCGGCCUUCCCUGGCGACCCCUCCUCCGCUUUCCCCGCCGCCACCGACGACGAGGACGAGGAUGAGGACGAGGAUGAGGAUCCGGAGGUUGAAGCCGUAGAGCAAAACGGGCUAAAAUUAGGACAAGACAUGCAAGCAUGGGCCUUAGCUCGUAGCUUAUCCUCUCUGUUGUGUACCAAAAGGCGUAGAGUGGAGGAACAGCUCCAAGAUCAAGGAACAUCAGUUAGGCCUGACAAAAUUCCCACUGGUGCAUCUAAAAAUGUUCAGGUCGAGGCAUGUCCACAUCCUGGAUAUUUUGGUGGACUUUGCUUUAGAUGUGGCAAGCCACAAGACGAGGAAAAUGUUUCAGGAGUUGCUUUUGGUUACAUCCACAAGGGCUUGAGGCUAGGUACCUCAGAAAUUGACAGACUACGUGGUGCUGAUUUGAAGAAUCUGUUGCGUGAAAGAAAAUUAGUACUCAUUUUGGACUUGGAUCACACACUGAUCAACUCGACCAAACUCCAAGAUAUUUCUUCUGCUGAAAAAGAUUUGGGUAUUCAGACUGCUGCUUCAAAAGAUGAUCCAAACAGAAGCAUCUUUUCACUAGAUUCAAUGCAGAUGCUCACAAAGUUGAGACCAUUUGUCCGAGAAUUUCUGAAAGAAGCAAGCAAUAUGUUUGAGAUGUAUAUAUACACCAUGGGUGACAAAGCCUAUGCAAUUGAAAUUGCGAAGCUUCUUGACCCUAGUAACAUCUAUUUUCCUUCGAAAGUGAUUUCAAACUCAGAUUGCACUCAGCGACACCAGAAAGGUCUUGAUGUGAUUCUUGGAGCUGAAAGUGUUGCAGUGAUUCUUGAUGACACUGAGUAUGUAUGGCAGAAGCAUAAAGAGAACCUGAUUCUGAUGGAGAGAUAUCAUUUCUUUGCUUCAAGCUGCCGACAAUUUGGUUUUGGUGUUAGAUCUUUGUCAGAGUCGAUGCAAGAUGAAAGGGAGAGUGAUGGUGCUUUGGCUACUGUUUUAGAUGUCUUGAAGCGCAUACACUCGAUUUUCUUUGACUUGGCUGUUGAAACUGAUCUUUCUUCACAGGAUGUAAGACAGGUGAUCAAGGCGGUACGGAAGGAAAUACUGCAAGGUUGCAAAAUAGUCUUCAGUCGGGUGUUCCCAAACAAUACUCGCCCACAGGAGCAGAUGCUCUGGAAGAUGGCCGAGCAUCUGGGUGCUGUUUGCUCUACAGAUGUGGAUUCCAGUGUCACCCAUGUUGUAACUGUGGAUCUGGGAACAGAGAAGGCUCGCUGGGGUGUUGCCAACAAGAAGUUCUUGGUCCACCCACGCUGGAUUGAAGCAGCAAAUUUCCGGUGGCAUAGGCAGCCGGAGGAAGAUUUUCCUGUCACUGCCCCGAAGGAAAAGAGCAGAGAUAUAGAUAAUGCUGUGGCUGGCAAGAAGGAAACCAGCAAGGAUAAAGAGAAGGAAACGAUGAAGGGCAAGGAAGAAAAUGCUGCAGCUGGCCAGAAGGAAACGAUGAAGGACAAGGAAGAAAAUACUGUGGCUGACCAGAAGGAAACGGGGAACGAUGAAACAAAUGUAGCCGGUCAGGAGAAAGAUGGUGCCAAAGAAAAUGCUGUGGCCACAUCUACUACAGGUUAUCCUACUGACUCGUAAUCUAUGUUGGGCUCCAAAGGUAUCUGACACAUAGUGUAGGCAUGCAGGUUUGGUAAGGGGGAUGGAAAUUCAGCUUUUGUUAUUAUCCGUUCGUGCUGGCCCAGGAUUUUAGAUCUGGUCCAUUGCAAUUUUUGCUGCUGACCUGAAGCUGAUUGGGCCUCCGCCCCUAUAACUUUUACACAACGAUGGAACUAUAGGAGUUUAAGCAAAUUGAUGUUAUGGCACAAUUCUAGUUGAAAUCCAUGCGACUAUGCGCAGAUAUAUGACUGAUCCCUAGUGGAACUAUGGAUUCUUUAGUUGAAAAUGGUCCACGCUUUGUUAAA